GCGGUGUCCAACAGAAGGACAGAGGAGAGCUGGUGCGCACAUAAGCUCCGUUUUUACGCACCAGUUGGUCGCGUUAGGUUUCAAUGCGGCAGUCGCCUCGUUUCCUCCGUGUCAAUAGGACCAUGUUGCACUUGGAUUUGAAAUAGAAAAAAAUACCGUCUGUGUCUUGAUAGCACCAUCCAAAGUGAAGCAUACACCAGCGUGUGGUGUGUGUGUGUGUGUGUGUGUGCGUCAGAGUCGACCCCAGAAAAAGUUUUCCGUCAUGGGAGCGCGUGGAUGGAGCUCGGCGCGUCUUGGGUUCGUCGUCUGUGGAUAUUUGGCGCUUUUCUGCGCGGAGAUGGUUUCACGGGCCGAGGCGGGCUGCGGGCAGAGGGAGAGCCCGAACUGCUGCACCGGCCGGAAUAACGAAUGUUUCGAGUACAGCAAGAGGAAAACGGUGUGCUACUGUGACACCUACUGUCAGAAAACCGGAGACUGCUGCGAGGACUACCAGCGCGUGUGCCAAAUAUCCGCAGCCAUUGACUGUGUGGUGGGCUCAUGGGGUCCCUGGUCGUCAUGCACAUCUCCAUGUGGAGUUGGCAGCACAGAAAGGAGUCGCCAGGUUUCUGUUCCCCCCCGGAACGGAGGCACACCCUGUCCAGACCUCAAACAGCGCCGAGGAUGCUUUGGAAACAACGCCAUAUGCAGCUCUGCGAAAGAGGUGGCGAAGAUCCUGCCCGAUUCUUUCAAGAGGAACUUCAAAGACCCCUGGAGACGACCACACAUGCUGAUGAAGGAGGAGAAGGCCAGCUAUUGCGUGAACCUGCGGGUGAAACAGGCCAGUGCAGCGUGUAAACUCAAACUGUGGAGUGCUCAGCUGGUGCGAGAGAGGCUGCUCUGUGCGGAGUGUCAGAGCGAUGCCAUGUCAAAGUCAGACCGCUGCGGAGGCGACGGCCUAGAGAGCACCAGAACCUUCUGGGCUGCAGCGUCAGUCCCCGGGUGUCAUGGUUCCUGGGUACGGGAGUCGUCCUCUGAGGGCUGCCGCUGUCCUCCCUACUCCGUGCUCUUCGUGUGAGGGGCACAAGAUUUCCCUCAGCGCCCUCCUGCUCGCUGUGGGGAGCCCUGCCCGCCAGGCCACACCCCUCCCAUCCAGAUGAAUGGAUGGGUCACUCAAGGAGAUCAACAGCAUCCUGCCACUAUUUUUUUUCGUCUUUUCACCUCAUACUCUUGUACUGUAUGAACGAUUACCGAGCACACAGAAACUCUUGCAUUUCACUUUCGGAUUUUACAGCCACAUUGUGUACUCAUUCUCCUUUGAAGCACAGCAACAAUCUAUAUACCUUCUGACCUCUGAAUCUUUGCUAUCUACCUCCAUCAAUGCAAGUGCAUUUGUCAAUGCGCAAUGUAUAAAUAUAUAAAUAUAUGAUUUGUGCUUUAUACAUUUUCUACUUUUGAUUGCUUGUGUGUAAUGUAUACGUGUCUACAUAGCUACACUUGUUGUAUCCCACAGUUUGAAACACCAAACAGCAGCUGCUGCACCCAGUUUGAGCCCCGAUUCACAGGGUCCUAGAUCCCCUGCUGGCUACAUGCUGAAAACUGGUUCAUCCAAAUUGUUCAUCCAGUGCUAGAAUCCUUAAGUCUAUAUAUAUAUAUAUAUAUAUAUAUAUAUAUAU